CUGUAAUGUUUCUUCGUGGAUGGGCGGAUUAUGAUUUUCGUCUGCCGAGGAGAUUUCAUGGAGACAAUUUAGUGCUGCACAUGUGGUUCGUGGAAGUGCUGGCUCCUAAUGCACCUUUGACUCAAACCUGCUGGAUACUUUGGAGGAAUGCGUUGUGGAAAAGAGCAGCGAAACUCAAGAACAUUUGGUCCCUCUACACUGUGUGUUGUAGAGAAGCGCUUGAGAACGCGUUGACACCUCAUCUUUUUGUUUACACGAAAAGGGAAAUGGAUGGGUUAGAGAUUCAUGGUUGA